AUGUAUGCAGCUUCUCAUUUCGAAGAGCUAAAGCAGGAUCCACUGCUUGCCGAAGCUUUGGCGUUGCGAUGGUCCCUCGGAAGGCUGCUUCACGUAGAGAUCAAUGAUGUUAUGGUGGCACUAGAUGUUGCUGUUGUGGUGCAUGCGAUAAAAUCAGCUAACUGUCAACCAAAAAUUGCAUCAGUUAUUGAAGACUGUAAGCUGCUUGCUUCCCGUUUUAAUACCUUCUCCAUUGUUCAUGUGAGGAGGUCUGCCAAUAGUGUGACAUUCAACCGCAGGAAUUGUGGCCGCAAUAAGCAUGGUCGUGGCCAUGUCAAAUUCAUCUGAUGCUCCAACUGUGGAAAAUGCUGCCAGGAUAAGGCAAUCAAGCGAUUCCUUGUUAGGAACAUUGUUGAACAGGCUGUUGUUAGAGAUGUUCAGGAAGUGUGUGUCUAUGAUCAGUACACACUCCCUAAUUUGUAUGUGAAGAUGCAGUACUGUGUUUAUUGUGCUAUCCACUCUCAUGUUGUGAGAGUUCGUUCUCGCACUAAUAGGAGGAAGCGUGACCCACCACAGCAUUUCAUCAGGCGCAGGUAUGAUGCCCUAAGACCCGGCCAACCUGGUCAAGCUCCUCGUCCUACUGGUGUAGGAGCACCUCCCUGUGCCUAG